AUGGGAGCUGCUUCAUGUAAAAAUUCGAAAUCACCAGAGCAAAAUCAAGAAAAUGCAAAUAAAACGAAUAUCACUAUUGGUGUAUUUGGUCUUGAUUAUGCCGGCAAAACAUCAACGGUGAAAGCAAUCGAAGGCUCACCAACAAAGCAUGCUCUCCCGACAGUGAGCACAAAUACAUCCACCGUUCCAUAUCCAGUAUCAACGAAACGUGGUGAAAAAUCUCAUGAACCUAUACAAAUAAUUGAUGUAAGCGGUCAAAGACGCUUUCGUGAAGACUCAUGGCCUGACUAUUACGAUAAAAUACAUGGUCUAAUAUUUGUCCUGGAUGCAAGUGAAAAAAAACGAAUAACAGAAAACAAACAAACCCUUGACGAUUUACUCUGCGAUGACAAACUUCGAGAUAAACCUAUACUUAUUUUAGCAAAUAAACAAGAUCGUACAGGUGCCAUAGACGAUGAAAAGGAAAUAAAAAAAAAACUUGAUAUUGAUCAAUUGAAGAUAAAACAUAAAAUUGAAUUCUGUACGGCCAUACCAAAUAAUGAUAAAGAUGAUGAUUCAAUUCGAACAGGUUUUUCAUGGUUAAUACGAACAAUUGAAGCAAAUUAUAGUGAUUUGAAUGCACGUGUUGUUAAUAAUGCAAAAGGUUCCAAUCGAUCAAAACCAAUUGGAAGAAAAAAUGAUAGAAAAUCUGAUGACUCAAAUAGUGAAGAUGAACCUCCGUCGCCACGAAAACGAAUGACAAUUCCACCGUUUAGUAAGACCAGAACAGAUGUUCGUUCAACAAAUGAUUCAAAUAAAUUACCAAGUAUAAAUCACGCUAAAAAUAUACCAAAAUCAUCCAGUCGGGAUACACAUAGCGAAGAUGAUGAUGGUGAUGUCAAUUAUAAUGCACGUGUACGUGCACGUCCAGUUAUUUCUCCUGUUGAUAAUGAUGAUUAUUCCUAUAAUCGUUCAUCAAAUCAAGCUAACACAACAAAAUCAAAUACGUUGGCUAAGAAAAAAAAAGUUAUCGGUCCAGCUAGCAAUGCUAACAAAGAUACAUCAUAUAAAAAGUCAAAUGACAACGAACUAAAAUCAUAUCGAGCACCAUAUGAAUCGUUGCCUGAUGAUGAUCCAUGGUCAUCAAUAAAAAAAACAUCAAAAACUGAUGAUACAUUUCCAAACUUAUAUUCAAAAUCACCAAUAACAAAUGAUGCAACAAAAAAAUAUCCUAGUCCGCUUCUUCGUGAUAUAAAACCUAAAAGUAGUGGUUUAACAUCAAAAGGGCCGAACUACAGCGAUAAUGAUGAUGAUGAUGAUAGUUCUAGUAAAAAAGACAAAAACAAAUCGACAUUCCCACCAAAAACUCGAUAUGACGAUGAUGAUGAUUCUUAUAAAAAAAUUUCAUCAUCCUAUUCAAAAAAUAAGCCAUUGUUAACUCCAAAGAAGACAACAUUGGGUGCCUACGGUGCGGAUGAUGACGACUAUGAUAAACUAAAUAAUAAAACUAAUAAUCGUCCAUUUGGUAGUACUCCAACAAAGAAACUCUUUAAACACGAUGAAGAAGACGAAGAAGAAAGUGAUCCUUUCAAGAAAACAUCAUUGAAAUUAACAAAAACUGUUGAUUCAGAUGAUGAUGAUUAUAAGAAGAAAACUAGCAAAAGUUAUUUGAGUUCGUCAGAUCGUUCAAAUUUUGACAAUGAUUAUCGUCGAACAACAUCAAAACCACCAUUGUCUCCGGCAACCACAUCAAAACGAUCGAAAGAUAAUGAUGAUGACGAUGAUGAUUCACCAUUACCAAAGCCUUUGAGUCGUUCGAGAUUUCCCAAUGAUAAUUAUGUGUCGACAUUAUCGAAGCCAACAAAUCGUUUGAUAGCAGACGAUGAUGGUGAUUCCUAUAAAAAGCCUUCGUCACCUUAUUCAACAAAUAAAUCAUUGUCAACUCCUAAGAAACCAACAUCUAGUACUUAUGGUGCAGAUAAUGAUGAUGACCACGAUAAAUAUAAUACUAAAACUACCCAUCGUCCUUUUGCUACUACUCCAACAACAAAGAAACUCGGUAGAUUUGACGAAGAAGAUGAAGAAGAUGAUUAUGAUAAGAAGAAAACUAGCAAAAGUUAUUUGAGUUCGUCAGAUCGUUCGAAUUUCGACAAUGAUUAUCGUCGAACAACAGCAAAACCACCAUUGUCACCGGCAACGACAACAAAACGAUCGAAAGAUGAUGAUGAUGAUGAUUCGCCAUUAUCGAAGUCGUUGAAUCAUUCGAGAUUUAACAGCGAUAUUGAUCGUUCUUUGCCCCCAUAUAAAUCAGCAACAACUACCAAAAAGGGUGACGACGACGACGACGACGAUGAUGAUGAUGAUUAUAAAUCUAAAUCUAAAUCUAAUUCUAAACCUAAAGUGCCGUUGAGAUUCAAUGAUAACGAUGAUCUUCCAUCAUCGUCGUCGAAAUUUGGAACUCGUCCGAAAUAUGAUGAUGAUGAUGAUGAUAAUCCAUCUUCGUUUUCAAAACCGACGAUACGACCAAAAUACGGAAAUGAUAAUCGAUCAUCGUCACCUCCAAGAUCGACUUCAAUCUCAAGAAAACCAGAUGACAAAGCUUCAUUGUCAUCACCAAAGAUGAAUACACGAUCGAAAUUUGACGAUGAUGACUAUCCAUCAUUAUCAUCUAAAUUAGCAACACAAUCACCGAGAUUACCAUCACGUUCAAAAUAUACCGAUGAGGACUAUACGUCGUCAUCGAAGAAAAAUAGCUUUCCAUCACGUGAUGAUGAUUAUAGUGGUAAAGGAGGUUUACGGUCUCGUAUUGGAAAUGAUGAUUUCGAUUCAACCAAAGGUGGAUUUCACAGUGCUCGAGUAGGCUCAGCUGCAACUCAACGAUUUCGACCAAAUAUGAAUGACGACGAUUAA